GAUUCUACGUCUCCUAAAAUCCCUUCAAUACCUACAUUUCCCUCUAGAACAUCCUCCGAGUUGCUUACUAACUCCCUGCGUCCCAGACGCGCAGUGGAUGUGCUUUCAAACUCUCUGGUAUCAACUUAUGUUUCCGCCUGGAUGGCAAAUCUUGCCCUUGGAUCACCGAGGUGGGAAGACGUACGCGCUGCACAUGCUGAAAAGAAAUCGCGCAAGAAAGGACCAUACGAUGACAACUUUAUCGUCGAUGACAUGUUUGAUUUUGAUUUGGACUUUGACGCACCUACUUAUCCAUCGGAACUACCGCCUCUGCCCGAACUGCCCGACCAUCCAACCACGAUAGAAGGGAAUUGCAUAAUACUUAAAGGUCCACCUGGGAGUGGCAAGUCUGCGUCAGUGUACGCAUGUGCAGAGGAGCUUGGAUGGGAGGUUUUCGAGGUCUUUCCAGGUAUUAGCAAGCGGGGUGGUAAAGAAGUACUUAACCUUGUCGGUGCAGUAGGCCAGAAUCAUAUUAUAGGGAAAGGCAAAAAAAGUAUGAUAGAGCAACAACGAGAAAAGACGCACAAACAGUCUGUCAUCCUCCUCGAAGAGGUUGACGUGCUUUUUGAGGAAGACAAAGGCUUUUGGCCGGCGAUACAGGCUCUCACACAGUAUUCCAAGCGCCCAGUUAUUCUCACGUGUAAUGAUGACUCUACUAUCCCCGUCAAUACGCUUGUGUUGCAAACCACUUUGCAGUAUAAGUGCCCGAAAUAUGAUACCGUCAGGAAAUAUUUAGAAAGUAAUGGUGUUAGGAACAUACCAACACAAUUGAACGCCCUUGAAACACCAUCACCCGCGAUUGAGGAAGACAAAAGCUGGUUGCUUGAUGCAGGUGGCGGACUCUAUGGAAAGGAAUUUGACAAUGGGUGUGAUCUCCGGCAGACACUCAUGCAGCUGCACUUAGGUGUUGCGGAGAAGGAUCACCAGGAAGCAGUCCCACCAAAUUCUCUCAAGGAGAUACUCAAACGCGCUGAAGCGCUUUCUUUCGUUGAUGCACAAAUAGCACAGCCACUCUGGCGCAAUAUGCAGGUCAUUGAGCCGGAAACACCGAAUGAACUAGUGGGAACUGAAAUCACUCAGACGACAUCAAAAACACAAACUACAACUCUCGCAGAAUUUGGAUAUGAAAAUAUCAUAGCUGCGCAUAUCUUAAGUGGUUACAACAUUAGCGCAAUCGAUACGACUUCGCUCUUGAAAGACACACACGCACAACAAGAUAUACUAUUAGACAUUCGUCUAGAUAUGCUAUCUGCAACAGCACCAAUUAUGCCAUCCCCUAUCUUGUCAGUUGAUUAUGCCCCUUAUAUCCGACAGCUUGUCAAACGCGACGAUGAGGAAGCGAGGAUGAUGGAAGCAAAUAGCAUAGCAAGUAAUAGAGGGACGCGUAACAGCAGCAGAAAUUUAUAUCGCAGAAUGUACGACUACGAUUGCGUGCCUAGCAUACAGAACAGCUAUUUCCGGGAAAGGCAAGAAGGAGAAUGAAGAAAAGACUAUUACGACAGCAAAGGACGUAUGAUACACCCCAUACAUUCC